AUGUCUAAUUUGACACACAGGUAUUCCCGCCGCGGUGUUCGGUCCAGGCUGACGUAUAGCUCUUCCUCUCCGACGGCCGCUUGCUCGGAGUCGCUAAGCUUGGCCACCCAGUGCCAGGACGAAACACUUGGCGCCCACCGUGGGGCAGAGCUCCUAGCUCAGAUCGCCGAACUCCAAGCGGAGGUGCGGAGGAUAGCCGAACUAUCCAAUGGAAAACACGAAGGAGAAAGCUCUAAGAGCUUGGCGCAGGGCAAUACAGAUCCCCUGAACAUCACUCCACCAAAGGAGAAGUUCACGAUCGAGAACCCUUUUUCCGACGAAAUCACUAAGUUCCAGAUGCCGAAAAAUUUUGUAUUACCUACAGCGCUGGAACCAUACAAGGGGUUCGGUGACCCCCGAGCUCAUAUCAAAAAGUUUCAAUCCAUGAUGUUCUUUAAUGGCGCUAAUAAUGAGCCUGUGCUUUGCCGAGCUUUUCCUACUUACCUUGAUGGUGUUGCACUACUGUGGUUUUCUAAACUGUCUGCAGGUUCGAUCUCCUCCUUUGAGGAGCUGGCGAGAUCCUUUAUUGACUAUUUUGCUGCAUCAAGAAUUUAUGUCCAUGGAUCAGACUACCUAGGCAUAAUCAAACAAGGCCAACAUGAGAGCUUAAAGAAUUACAUGACCAGGUUUUCCGAGGCUACAAUGGAGAUCCAAGACUUAGAUCCGGCUGUCCACCUCCACGCCCUCAAGGCCGGCCUCCGACCAGGCAAAUUCCGAGAAACCAUUGCGAUAACAAAAUCAAAAACACUAGAGGAGUUCCGAGAGAGAGCUGCGGGUCAAAUGGAGAUUGAAGAGCUCCGCGAGGCACAAAAGCCGGACAGACAACCACAAAGGAGGGAUGAGGAGAAAACAUUCCGAUCACCAGGCAACAAGGAUACAAAGAAGCCUUUCAAGCUCACACCAAAGUACAACACAUAUACCAGAUUCAAUACCAGGAGAGAAAACAUCAUAAAAGAGAUUCUGAAUGCCAAAAUCGUGAAGCCACCAGCUCGGGCAGGAAACAACCAAGACCAAAGGUUUGUGGAUAGAAGCAAGCAUUGCGCCUUCCAUCAGAAAUUUGGCCACACCACGGACAACUGCAUUGUCGCGAAAGACCUCCUAGAAAGACUGGCGCGACAAGGACUUCUCGACAAAUACGUCGAGAGCCAGAAAGUCAAAAGAACAAGUUCGAACAGGGAGAAGAACAAACAAACAGUGACAGACAAGAACAAAAAAGAGUAG